AUGCCUUCUCCAGCUACAAGAUCCUCAAAGCCCAGCAUGUCUCCAGCGUCCACUGGACCCUCCAUGCCCACAGCGUCUCCCAAGCCUCCCGCCUCCUUGAAGACCACCAAAGCAGAGAUGCCCAACAGCUCCUCAGUGCCCACCAAGCCACUGACAGCCCCCAACUUGCUCACGAGCCCGAGCAGUUCCAAGUCUACCAAAGGGGCAGGUACAAAGCCAGCCCCUUCUAACCAGCCCAGCAGCAAGUCCCGAGUCCACAGCAGGGCAAGAACAUCCAGCAAGGCCAGCACUGAUACCAGGGCCAGCACUGACACCAGGGCCAGCAAACUGAGCAAGGCCAGUGGAGUAAGACACCACCGGCGGAGGGGCACGCAGAGCCGGGGCAGAACUCCUGCCAGAAGGGGAAGCCACAGCUCCAAGAGGUCACCCAGUAGGGCCAGCACUCCCAGGAGGAUGAGAACUCAUGGUGCCAGACCCAGCAGGAUGAGAACUCCUACUUCCCAGCAAAAACAGAAUAGAGGGAAGAGUUACAGCCGGCCUAGAACUGGCAACCAGGAAAGGAGUGAGAGCCAGCCUAGAGAUAUGAGCAGAGAGAAGAACUACAGCCCACCAGGAGCCACGAGUAUGGAGAAGAGUUCCAGGCUGGCUGUAACCAGCAGUACAGCAAAGAGUUCCAGCUCCACUAGAACUCUCGUCAAGGAGAAGGGUUCCAGCCAGUCUCCAUCAUCAUCGAGGGUAAAGAGUUACAGUCAGAUGAUCAGCCCCAGCAGGGAACGGAGUUCCAGCCCCACUGAAGUGUCCAGCAGGGUCCAGAGUUACAACCAGGGUAGUGCCCCCACCAGGACCCGAAGUCACGGCCUGUCUGGCGCCCCCAGCAGGACCCAAAGUCACAGCCAGUCUAGCGCCCCCAGCAGAACCAAAAGUCACAGCCGGUCUAGCACCCCCAGCAGGACCCGAAGUCACAGCCUGUCUGGCACCCCCAACAGGACCCGAAGUCACAGCCUGUCUGGCGCCCCCAUCAGGACCCCAAGUCACAGCCGGUCUAGUACCCCCAGGACUCGAAGUCACAGCCAGUCUAGUGUCCCCAGGACCCGAAGUCAUAGCCGGUCUAGCACCCCCAUCAGGACCCGACAUCACAGCCGGUCUAGCACCCCCAGCAGGACCCAACGUCAUAGCCGGUCCAGUGCCCCCAGGACGCAAAGUCGUAGUGCGUCCAGCACCCCUGUCAGGACCCGAAGUCAUAGCCGGUCUAGCACCCCCAGGACCCAAAGUCACAGCCAGUCUAGAACACCCAGAAGGGCAAGAAGUCGCAGUCGGAAGAGGGCCCACAGCAGGAUGAGAAGUCACAGUUGGAACAGAAAUCAUAGUAGGGCAAGAAGUCGUACCUGGAAGGGAAGUCCCAGCCAGAUGAGAAAACAUAGCCAGUCUAGAACCUGCAGCAAGGGGAAAAGUUAUAACCAAUCUAGAACCCCCAGAAGGGAAAGAAGUCACAGCCAGUCUAGAAGCCCCAGCAAGGAGAGAGAUCACAGACAAUCUAGAAGCCCCAGCAAGGAGAGGCGUCACAGACAAUCUAGAACCCUCAGCAAGAAGAGAGGUCGCAGACAAUCUACAACCCCCAGCAGGGAGAAAGAUCAGAGCCAAUCUGGAACCUCCAGCAAGGAAAGAGAUCACAGCCGAUCUAGAACUCCCAGAAAAGAGCGUUAUCACAGCCGAUCUAGAACCCCCAGCAAGGAAAGAGAUCACAGCCGAUCUAGAACUCCCAGAAAAGAGAGCUAUCACAGCCGAUCUAGAACCUCCAGCAAGGAAAGAGAUCACAGCCGAUCUAGAGCUCCCAGAAAAAAGAGUUAUCACAGCCAAUCUAGAACCCCCAGCAAGGAAAGAGAUCACAGCCAAUCUAGAACUCCCAGAAAAGAGAGCUAUCACAGCCAAUCUAGAACCCCCAGCAAGGAAAGAGAUCACAGCCAAUCUAGAACUCCCAGAAAAGAGAGCUAUUACAGCCAAUCUAGAACCUCCACAAAAGAGAGGCAUCACAGACGAUCUAGAACCUCUAGCAAGAAAGACCACAGCCGAUCUAGAACCCCCAGCAAGGAGAGCAAUCCCAGCCAAUCUACAACCCCCAGAAGUCUCAACCGGAAGGGAUCCUCCAGCAGGGCACAGAGUCCCAAUCAGAAUAAAAUACCUACCGAGACAAAGAGCCACUCCCCCUCAAGAUUUCUUAGUGGAGCCCCAAUCCCAAGCCACGACAAUGUUCAAGCCAACACCACCACCUCUAAGGCCACCUCACCUGGAGAGAGGUCCUCAUCAUCUUCUUCCAAGCUGGCGUAG